AUGGCGACUGCAAUUGUUUUAUAUAUUCUAUUGGAAUUAAUCGUUCUACUCAAUGGAUAUACAACAGAAUCUCCAUUGCCUAGUACAUUCCUAGGCUAUUCUGUUUACUACGAUGAUAUAGAUUUCAACGAUUGCUAUGCAGAGACAACAACUGUGAUUUCAUACGCUGACGAAUCAACAACAGACUCGCCAUUGAGUAUUUCAUUUAUGGGCUUUCUUAUACAGUACUAUGACACAAAUUCGAGUAACUGUGAUGCAACAACAACAACAACGACAGCAUACUUAAUUUCAACUGAAGCUGUUACAACAUUAGCAUUAACAACGUCUAUAUCCUAUACAAAUAAUGCAGUAUUUGUACCUGCAGCAUGUCCUUCUGGAACUAUUGGUACAUCAUGUAGUGUCGCUUCAGAUCCAUGUUCUAUGAUGAAUCCAUGUUUAAAUUCAGCAACAUGCCAAUUAAAUUUUACCUUAGAGAUUGGCUAUUAUUGUAUGUGUGUUACGGGUUUUUCGGGUACAUAUUGUGAAGUGGACAACCGUCCAUGUCGUCCUGGCGUAAAUUGUCUUAAUGGUGGUGUAUGUAGUGGAACUGUUUGUGCAUGUCCUACAGGCACAGGUGGUGCUUAUUGUCGAAGUAAAGUUAGUAUAUGUGCAAGCAUAAAAUGUGAAAAUGAUGGACAAUGUGUAUCAAACUAUGGUAAUUGGUCAUGUCGAUGUACGAAUAAUGAACUUUAUUCGGGUACGUAUUGUGAAAUAGAAUCAUCAAGUAUACGCGAGAAAGAAGCUAUUUCACGUUCAUUGGCCUCUGUUGCAAUUGGAUGUCUUGUAGCGGUUAUGAGUUUUGUAAUUCUUAUGGAUGUAUUAAAAUAUGUGUUUAAAAUUGAUCCAGUUCAUAAGGAUGUAGACGCAUCGAAAAACAAAAAUGAAAACAAUGAAAGAAAAAAGAAAUCUAUCAAACCCAAACAACCAGUUAUCGCUGUACGAUUUCGAUAUAUUCAUGCGUAG